CACCUCUUGUGGGUAGUGACUUCAAUCCUUCCAGGUCAACCCUAGAUGAGUUUUCGCCUUUCAAUGGAAACAACUACAGAUCUAAAUGGACACUCAGAUAGAUCCUCCCAUUGAAAGCUAAAACCUUUAAUGGAGUAAAGACGAACUUCCCUCCUUUUCAAAUCCAGGUUUUUUCUCUGGGUCCUAUGUUCAGGAAAGGGUUAAAUUCUUUGAGUAACUCGGUCUUCUUCUAGAGUGAAACUUUUGCAGUUGCAAAGAUGAGGUUGGUGGGUCACCCAGGAGACGGAGAUAGAGAUGGUGAUGAGUUCUCUGACCUUUCCUACGGUAGUAAACACAAAUACAAGAUGAUGGAUUCGGAGCUAACAGAGGAUGAUGACCCCUCACAUCAUCACCAUCGUCAAAAGGAUAAGAGUAAUAAUACCCAGAAAUACGUUAUCGCCUGUGCCACUUUCGCUUCUCUCAACACUGUACUAAUCGGCUACGAUUUGGGUGUCAUGAGUGGAGCUCUCUUAUUCAUUCUUGAAGAUCUUAAGAUAACAGAACUGCAAGAAGGAGUUCUUGUUGGUUGUUUGAGUAUCGUCUCACUCUUGGGUAGUUUAGCAGGUGGAAGGACCUCGGAUGCUAUUGGUAGGAAAUGGACAAUGGCUUUGGCAGCCAUUGUCUUCCAAACAGGGGUUGGUAUAAUGGCACUUGCUAAUUCUUUUAGAGUAUUGAUGGUAGGAAGACUCCUAACUGGGGUGGGAAUAGGAUUUGGAGCUAUGAUUGCCCCUGUUUACAUUGCUGAGAUAUCACCCACCUUUAAUAGAGGAUUUCUUACCUCCUUCCCUGAAAUUUUCAUAAAUGUAGGAAUCCUUCUUGGUUACAUAUCUAACUAUGCAUUUUCGGGUCUACCGGCACAUAUAAGUUGGAGAGUAAUGCUUGGUGUUGGAAUCAUUCCCUCAAUUUUUAUGGGAUUUGCUCUUUUGAUCAUCCCUGAGUCACCUAGGUGGUUGGUAAUGCAGAAGAGGGUUGAAGAAGCAAGAUCAGUGCUAAUGAAGACAAAUAAAAAUGAGAAAGAGGUGGAGGAGAGAAUGGCAGAGAUACAACAAGCAUCUGGGAUUUAUAAUUCAGAGAAGAACGAAGAGAAACCCGUGUGGCGGGAACUGUUGGCGCCUUCUCCUUCAAUUCGGAGAAUGCUAAUCACUGGGUUUGGACUCCAAUGCUUCCAGCAACUUGUGGGAAUUGAGACAACCCUGUAUUACUGCCCCACAAUCUUCAAAUAAGCUGGGAUUCGGGACAACAACACUCUUCUUGCUGCAACUGUUCUUGUUGGAGUUAUCAAGACUGCAUUUGUCUUUGUGGCUACUUAUUUCAUAGAUGGAAAGGGUAGGAAGCCCUUAAUGUACAUCAGCACUGUAGGAAUGACUGCUUGUUUGUUCACUUUGGCCCUUUCUCUAUCUCUGGUAGGGCAUGGACAUGCUGUGAUCAUACUCACUAUCCUGUCAAUUUGUGGGGAUGUGGCUUUCUUUUCUGUGGGAAUGGGUCCAGUUGCCUGGGUAUUGACAUCUGAAAUUUUCCCAUUGAGGCUGCGUGCUCAAGCAGUUGCAGUUGGAGCAGUGGGGAAUAGAGUUAUCAGUGGCCUGAUUUCAACUUCAUUCCUCUCUGUGUCUCAUGCCAUUACAGUGGCAGGAACAUUUUUCAUCUUUUCUCUGUUCUCCGCGUUCUCUAUUGCAUUUGUUUAUGCAUUUGUUCCUGAAACAAUGGGGAAAUCUCUAGAACAGAUUGAGUUACUAUUUGAGGAUGAGGAAGCAUUGAAAGGUUGUGAAAUGGAGCUUGGAGAUGUAGAGCAUCUUGUGCCAAAAGAAUGAUGUGUUUUGCAGAGUUGGUUUGGUCUUCUACCUCUGCAACUUGCUUGAAUUAGAAUAUGAAUCCUUUUAAUGCUCCAAGAGCCUUCAUAUCACCAAGGCAAAAUCUUGUCUGCCUUCUACUGGGAUAGUAUAUCUUCAGCACAGGCAUGCUAUCACAUGUGAGAGAUCCACAGGCAACCAAGAUGGGUCAAUCAGAAGUGUUCCUGAACUUCUUCACAACUUGAGAUGUAUGGCUCUUCCUCUUGGAUUGAUAUAACUCUUAAAAGAGUUAUUAGAACUUGAGUUCUGAGUAUCUAUUCUUUUCUCAGCAGAUGAAAUAAUUGAUUAUUUGGCUUGGUCUU